GCUGUGGACUGCAAGUGUCAGCGGCGGUCGAGGCCCUGGCGGGAGCCCGAGUAACACGAACCACGCGCCUGCUGACGGGGAUCGCUGGCAGGGGGCGACGUGCCAACAGAGCAACAUGCAGAUAGGCGCCCAGCGCCCUGACGACCCCUCCCGAGGAAAAGAGGCCGGGGCCGCUCUGGGGCGGCGGAGAGCAUGAGGGAGGCCGGGGGCUGGCUCGACUCAUAGCGCUGCUAGGGAGCGGUGCGCGCUGCACACUCGCCGGGGCGCAACGGAGGGCGGGGAGCCGGACUGGUCGCGCCUGCUGGCGGGAACGCCGGCCACCGGGAGCUGUUCUGAUUUCCGAAGCGGACUAGAGGGGCACGGAGCAGUCCCCGGCCUCGGCGUGCAGCCAACAUGGGCAACGCAGGGAGCAUGGAUUCGCAGCAGACCGAUUUCAGAGCGCACAACGUGCCUUUGAAGCUGCCGAUGCCCGAGCCAGGUGAACUGGAAGAACGAUUUGCCAUCGUACUGAAUGCUAUGAACCUACCCCCUGACAAAGCCCGGUUACUGCGGCAGUAUGACAAUGAAAAAAAGUGGGAACUCAUUUGUGAUCAGGAACGAUUCCAGGUGAAGAAUCCUCCCCAUACAUACAUUCAAAAGCUCAAAGGCUAUCUGGAUCCAGCUGUAACCAGGAAGAAAUUUAGACGGCGUGUUCAAGAAUCUACCCAAGUGCUAAGAGAACUGGAAAUUUCUUUACGAACCAACCAUAUUGGAUGGGUCAGAGAGUUUUUGAAUGAAGAAAACAAAGGCCUUGAUGUUCUAGUGGAGUAUCUAUCAUUUGCUCAGUAUGCAGUAACUUUCGACUUUGAAAGUGUGGAAAGUACAGUGGAGAACUCAGUGGAUAAACCCAAGUCCUGGAGUAGAUCCAUUGAGGACUUGCAUAGAGGGAGCAACCUGCCCUCGCCAGUGGGCAACAGUGUCUCACGUUCUGGAAGACAUUCUGCAUUGCGAUUGGUUUCUCUGCCUGAGUAUCUUCAGUUCAAAAGCCACCAGAGCUGCUUCUCUCCCUGUUGCCUAUGGAGCAGCUUCAGUUUACACACUGAUGAUGAGGCUUCAAACCGGCAAAUCUCAUACAAUACUUUGCCGAGCAGAAGAACUCUGAAAAAUUCGAGACUCGUGAGUAAGAAAGAUGAUGUACACGUCUGUAUCAUGUGUUUACGUGCCAUCAUGAACUAUCAGUAUGGUUUCAACAUGGUGAUGUCUCACCCACAUGCUGUUAAUGAGAUUGCCCUAAGUUUGAACAACAAAAACCCAAGAACAAAAGCACUUGUCUUAGAACUGUUGGCAGCCGUUUGUCUUGUCAGAGGCGGGCAUGAAAUCAUUCUGUCAGCAUUUGAUAACUUUAAGGAGGUUUGUGGAGAAAAACAGCGGUUUGAGAAGUUGAUGGAACACUUCAGGAAUGAAGACAAUAAUAUAGAUUUUAUGGUGGCUUCUAUGCAGUUUAUUAAUAUUGUAGUACAUUCAGUAGAAGACAUGAAUUUCAGAGUUCACCUCCAGUAUGAAUUUACCAAGUUAGGCCUGGAUGAAUACUUGGAUAAGCUGAAACACACUGAGAGUGACAAGCUGCAGGUACAGAUUCAGGCUUAUUUGGACAAUGUGUUUGACGUGGGGGCUCUGCUGGAAGAUGCUGAAACCAAGAAUGCAGCAUUGGAAAGGGUGGAAGAACUGGAAGAAAACAUCUCUCAUUUGUCUGAAAAACUGCAAGAUACAGAGAAUGAAGCCAUGUCAAAGAUUGUGGAACUGGAAAAACAGCUCAUGCAGAGGAACAAGGAGCUGGAUGUUGUUCGAGAAAUCUACAAAGAUGCAAAUACACAGGUUCAUACACUAAGGAAAAUGGUCAAGGAAAAAGAAGAAGCCAUUCAAAGACAGUCAACCCUGGAAAAGAAGAUUCAUGAACUGGAGAAACAAGGAACCAUUAAAAUUCAGAAGAAGGGGGAUGGGGACAUUGCCAUCCUGCCAGUUGUGGCUUCUGGCACGUUGUCCACGGGGUCAGAGGUGGCUGUGGGUAACUGUGUGGGACCAGUAGCAGGGGCUGCCUCCUCAGGAUCCUUGCCUCCUCCUCCCCCACCACUGCCUCUGUCUUCAGAUGCACCUGAAGCAGUGCAAAAUGGUCCAGUAACACCACCGAUGCCGCCACCUCCACCUCCCCCACCACCCCCACCACCCCCACCUCCUCCACCACCUCCUCCUCUCCCUGGUCCUGCAGCUGAGACUUUACCAGCACCUCCUUUGCCACCCCCUCCUCCUCCCUCCGCACCCCCACUGCCAGGAACAUCUUCGCCCACAGUAGUUUUCAACUCAGGAUUAGCAGCUGUGAAAAUUAAGAAGCCAAUCAAGACGAAGUUCAGAAUGCCAGUUUUUAAUUGGGUUGCUCUGAAGCCAAAUCAGAUCAAUGGCACGGUCUUCAAUGAAAUUGACGAUGAACGAAUUCUGGAGGAUUUAAAUGUGGAUGAAUUUGAGGAAAUAUUUAAAACAAAAGCCCAAGGUCCUGCUAUUGAUCUUUCUUCAAGCAAACAGAAGAUAACACAAAAGGGAUCAAACAAAGUGACAUUACUAGAAGCAAAUAGAGCCAAAAAUCUUGCCAUAACUUUAAGGAAAGCUGGAAAGACUGCAGAUGAAAUAUGUAAAGCUAUUCAUGUAUUCGACUUGAAGACGCUGCCUGUAGACUUUGUAGAAUGCCUGAUGAGGUUCUUGCCAACUGAAAAUGAAGUGAAAGUGCUCCGGCUCUAUGAGCGGGAAAGGAAGCCCCUGGAGAAUUUGUCAGAUGAAGACCGCUUCAUGAUGCAGUUCAGCAAAAUCGAGAGGCUCAUGCAGAAAAUGACCAUCAUGGCCUUCAUUGGCAACUUUGCUGAAAGUAUUCAGAUGCUGACACCUCAACUACACUCGAUUAUAGCUGCAUCUGUUUCAAUAAAGUCAUCCCAAAAACUCAAGAAAAUUCUGGAGAUCAUUUUGGCCCUUGGAAACUAUAUGAAUAGUAGUAAGCGAGGAGCAGUUUAUGGAUUUAAACUUCAGAGUUUAGAUCUGCUUUUAGAUACAAAGUCAACAGACCGGAAACAAACACUGUUGCACUAUAUAUCAAAUGUUGUAAAAGAAAAAUAUCACCAAGUGUCUCUAUUUUAUAAUGAGCUUCAUUAUGUGGAGAAAGCUGCUGCAGUCUCCCUUGAGAACGUUUUACUGGAUGUCAAGGAGCUCCAGCGGGGCAUGGACUUGACCAAGAGGGAGUACACCAUGCAUGACCACAACACGCUGUUGAAAGAGUUCAUCCUCAACAAUGAAGGGAAGCUGAAGAAGCUGCAGGAUGAUGCCAAGAUUGCUCAGGAUGCCUUUGAUGAUGUUGUGAAGUAUUUUGGAGAAAACCCCAAGACGACACCACCCUCUGUCUUCUUUCCUGUGUUUGUCCGGUUUGUGAAAGCCUACAAGCAAGCAGAAGAGGAAAAUGAGCUGAGAAAGAAGCAGGAACAAGCUCUCAUGGAAAAACUCCUGGAGCAGGAAGCACUGAUGGAGCAACAGGACCCAAAGUCUCCUUCCCACAAAUCAAAGAGGCAACAGCAAGAAUUAAUUGCAGAAUUAAGAAGGCGACAAGUUAAAGAUAACAGACAUGUAUAUGAAGGAAAAGAUGGUGCCAUUGAAGAUAUUAUCACAGCCUUAAAGAAGAAUAAUAUCACUAAAUUUCCAAAUGUUCACUCGAGGAUCUUAGAAACCAACCAUACAGACGAGCCGAUGCGGUGAGGAGAAGUGUCAGGCGGCGCUUUGAUGAUCAGAACUUACGUUCUGUCAAUGGUGCCGAAAUAACCAUGUGAACCCAAGACCUGCCUGUAUGAAGAGGGUGUUCGUGAAUGAAACUGUCCACAUAAACUUUAUGUGCUACCAUUUAACUGCAGCCUUGAACAUAGAUUAAAUAUUCAAAGGGCUCAGAUUUAGCAAACACGUAGGAAAUUUAAAAAUAAUGGGCUCUCCUUUCAACCUUUGUUAACAAGUGCCUAAAAGUGGAAGUACCUGCUCAGAUUAAUCAAAGCAAUAGGAUUUGAUUUGAUUAGGUAUCUUUUUACACCCAUAUGUUAUUCAAUUUUUUAACCAAAAUGUAAAUUUCAUAUUACAUUUAUUAGUUGCCAUUCUAAUUGUCCCAUGAUGGCCCACCCUCAUUUCCUGAUAAGUUGUAAAUAACAUGGGUACAUUCGCUGUUGGCUUCCUUUGCUGAAAUGUCUUUUAAGGGAUUAAUUGAUUUUGGGGCUAAUUUUUUGUUACAGCCAUAUAUAAGAAGAUAGUAUUUUUAAGGGCUUGCAACAUGGAAGGAAACAAUUACAUGAUAAAUUCCUUUGGUCAAUAACCAAACUCCCAGCAAAAUCCAAACAGGAUGCAAUUGCAGUGGCACAAAAGUCACUCAACUCUGUCUUGUAUUAUAUUCUACUACUUCUCUGGUAGGGUAUGAUGCCUUUGAGACAUUCACAGUUAACAAUGCAAGGAUAUGAUGGCAUACAACUGUAUAAGACUUGUUUGCAGUACUGUGUUCUUCAGUUAGAGGCAGCUUUAAAAAAUAAUGCAAAUGUAUUUAUUAAUUAGUGUUAAAAUUAACAUCUCAGUAAUCAGUACUAGGACUUCUGAGGACCAUUAUUGGGUCAAUUUUGAGAAUAGAAAUUGGUGCCUUGCCAGCCAGGGAGUUCAAUUGCUCCAUCAAGCAGUCAAGAUUAUUUCUGCUAGCACAGUAGUGUUAGUUUGCCUGGCCUUACUCUCCUCUGACAAUCGCAGGGUUCUUGCCCUUUCCCCAAUUUUUCCUUUUGUAAAUUGGCAUUCAAAGUUAAGAAGUUUAGUAUUUCCCAGUUUACUCUGUGGGAACUGUAAUUAAAUUGCUGAAGUUUUGGGAUUAAGUUUGAAUGAUAAGUAAUGGAACUAAAUGGUCAACUAAGCCAUUGUAAUUUUUCCUUCAUCUCUGGCAGGGCACUUGAUCCAUUCCAAAGUCAAAAACUGGACUGAAGCUCAUUUGUACUUUUCAUAACCUACGAUUUCUGCUUCUGGCUUACCUUCUUGGCACAUUACAUCAAUAUGUUAAUUGUAAAGUUUUAUUGUAUAGUAUUUAACCACUGAAUUUCUUCUUUUAUGUUGUGCUUACCUGAAUUCCUUGGUGAAGGCCCCAUUUUCCUUGGAUAAUGUGUAGUUAUAUGAGCUCUUUUUAAAUGUACAGAUAUUUUGCUAUAAAAUUGGUGCAGUUUUUUAUGGUUUUUACACUUCUCCUUAAUUCCUACCUAAGUCUCUGGGUAAUAUUGUAAAUAUUGUUUAAAAAUGCAUCAGCCUAUGCUAUACAAUCUGAAUGUUAUUUUAACUUAUAGUUUUGUUGGUUUUUUUUGUUUAAUAUAUAUUUAACUACAAGGACAGUUUAGGGAUCAGUUACAUUUCACUUUAGCAUACCAAUUUACGGAAAUACUUCAAAACUGCCACCUCAGUACAUUUUCAUAAAUGUGUCCCUUAAAAAAGAACAUGCUAAGAUUUUGUCUGUUGAUUCUUCAUUUUGAUAAAAUAAAUUUAACCAUGAGAUAAAACACAAAUGGUUGAUCUUUUACUAUAAGCAGCUGUUUUCCAAAGCUCAUUAUUGAGCAUGUUAAAAUAAUUGCCUACUUAUUAUCUACAAAUAGACAAUAAUAUUAGCAUGUUCUUUUGUCUAUUAAUGGUCCUGCUUCUUAGCAAUAUUAGAAAUGUUUUAUAAAAGCAGUUCAUGUUACUUUUCUGGUCUUUUCAUGGCAUAUGAGCAAAUAAACUAUUUACUACUCUCCUGUAAUAUACUGUGGUCUUUCAGUGGUAGACUUUAGCAGGUUAAUAUAUACCUUUUAUCUUCUAGAAGCAGAUGUUUUGCUACUUGAAUUCAGAAUUUGUGUCAACUCCCUAAAUUUGAAGCAAGAAACAAAGGAAGGAGUGUCGAUAUACUUUGUGGCCUAACUUUUUAUAGCAAUAAGUAAUUACAUUGAGAAAGCAGAACAUGGACAGCUAGCAUCUCAUCAGAGAACUGCAUAUGAGAAGUGUGAAAAAUAAGCUGACACAAAUCCAACUUAUGUAGUAAAAGAUGCCACUUUUUCUAAUAAAUUGUUUAUUUACAAAAGGUCUAAUAGCUUGUGAGGUUCUUUACAUCAGAACAAUAUAUUAAGACAGAAGAGAAGACCUGGUAGUUACAAACACAGAAAAUAGAAAUCUUGUUCCCUCUAUUACUCACCUUUCAGAACAAAUCUUGAGUUUAGUUGUAGAGGUAGGCAAAAGGGAGUAACAGCUACCAAAAAAGUUUGCAGGCAUAACUAAAAAAAAAGUUUAUAAAUAGCAAUUUAGAUAUACCAAAGGAGGAAUAGCAUAUAAGAAUAGCUUAGUUUGACUCUGAUUUACUUAAAAAGUGUUUAUUUUGAUUGGAAAUGCAGGUAAGAUGUAGAAGAGAGGUUUUUCAGUUCCCUGAAAUGUAAUUGUCAACUUUCUAUCUAGGGCACCUACUAUCAAAUUAACAGUCAUUUAUCAAUCACCAACAAUGACUAUCUCAUUGUCAUAAAAGCUGUUUUUUAUACAGUAAGUAAACAAGCAAAAAAAAAACAAAACCAUGCAGUUUAUUGCAAUUAGUUUAGGUCAGGUAGGAAAUAAAAAAAAAGGGAGGGCUAUGGGGAGUGAGUGUGGUAAUUAGUGCCACGUAGUCUCAUCUCUCAUCUGCUCCAGUAACAUUUGUGCUUGCCAUGUUGCUAUUUAGCCUUUUUACUUUUCAAAAAUUGCCUGAAAUAGCUGUAAGCUUAAAAUUACAGCAGGGAUUUAACUAGUUACAACCAAGUUAUGGAAACAUGUCCAUAGAUAAUGGACUAUUACUCAGCUAUAAAAAAUGAAACCUUGCCAUUUCCAACAUGAAUGGGAUUGGAGGGGAUCAUGCUAGUGAAAUAAGGAGCAAGGUAAAUUCCAGAUAAUUUCAUUCACAUGGAUUAUCAAGAAACCAACAGAUAAAGCAAACAAACCAAAACAAACUAGAAAACUAACAGAACAGAGGCUACCAGGGUGGAAGUGCAGGAAGGAGGGAGGAGGCCCAAUGAAUGGAGGUGAAUUUUGGGUACUGUUGGUGGCUGAUAUAACAAUUCUUGAAGAGGUAGAAACCCUUUAACCCUGUUAUACUAUAAACUGCUGCUAGCUACCUAGAAUUUUUUCUUCUUCUAAUUUUGUGUCUUCUAAUGGACAAUUGAAGUCAAGAAUUUAAUCAUUUUUAUUUUAAUUUCUGGCUUCUAAAAGCUGUACUUGCUUGAGUUCACUGUUUUUUCCAAAAAAAGUACUUAUUUUGCUAUUGUGAUUGCUGUGACCUCUUGUGUAACACCAAUUAAUGUAAAAGCUGCUAAAGUUAUGGUACAUGAAUUUAUGAACGGGAUGUGAAAAGUUCUGUUCCAUAGUAACACCAGGGGUUUCCUUUAAACGCAAAGGCCACAUGGAAUUUGCAUGCCUCAUUAACAACCAACCUUGUGGGUAUUUCUGAGGUAACGGUUAAGGAGGGUGACAGUAACUAAACAUUAGGUAUACUUCAAUUAUAUAUGUACCUUUAGGUUAGUAUGGUUAUUCCAAUGAUGCUUUUUCAAACUUUAGUACAGAUUGUGUGUGCCAUGGUGGAUGCUGGAUGAUUUUGUCAUUCAACUAAUACUUUACAUUCAGUAAAUGCCUAGUAUGUUGCCAGGUACUAUUCUAAUCCUCAGGAUACACAAGUGAAUGAAACACAAAUCUCUGUCCCCAAGGAACUAGACCAUCAUUUAAGUAUAAAGAACUGAAAACCUUAAGAGCAAGGUAAGAAUAGGAAGGUAAGAAUUAUUUUUUGGCAUAUGCCAUUACCAUAACCAGACAAUGAAAUUAUAAGCCUAUUAUUAUAAGCUUAUGAGAACACAGUUUAUGAAAAUGACUUAAGAUUUUAUUUUGCUUUGUAUUUAUAAGUGCAGUUUUACUUGAAGAAUGAAACUUUGUAUUGAGAAUCCAACUUCAAGGAAAAAAUCUUAAGUGGAAUUAAUAUGCUCUGCCUCAUUUUGCUUUUCUAAGUGUUUUAGUUUUCAGUUUUGUAAUUUACAUUUAAAGUACACAAUGUAGUUUACUGUCCUAUAAACUUUAGAGGCAUUCCUCACUCUUCCCUGUUGCUAUUUUAUUAGCAACUGUUCUAAUAGCAUCUAACUUAAAAAAAAAAUUAUACAAAGGGAGCUGCCCCUUUGUAGAUGUAAAAAUAAAUGUCUGCUUAGUCAGCACUCAGUUAAUUGUUAAAACUGGAAGAAAACUGGGAUCAUGUAGGCAAAUAACCUUUCGUGAAAAAUACAGCUUUUAGGAGUAUAGUCUCUCUACUCAACUAUUAAGAAUUAAGAUUGCCUUAUUCUAGGCCAAUCAUUUUCAUUUUAUAGUUGUACAAAUGAACAAACCAAAAGAUGAGAUAGCUGUUGGUACUUGAUUAUCAUCAAAUUUUCUGGGAGAGGAAAAAAGAUUUGAUACUGGAAAAGAUGAAAUAACUUACAUGUCGAAGCUACUUUGGGUAAUGAAAUGGUAUCAGCUAUGCUAAAAAUUGUGGGAUCACUGCUUUUUGAAAAAGUACUGUCAUAUAAAAAUACUUAGGGAAGAUGCAAGCAAUAUGAAAUGUAUUAGUGCAUUUAAUCCAAUUAACAUGCUACUGAGAGGAAGAGAAAUUUUCUUCCUAGGUGUCCAAAGCUUAAUUGGAAAGUACUAAUUUUCUCCCUACUGGAAAACAACCUGCUUUCCCAUUUGAACACUUUUGUCAAACUCCUGUUUGAACAUAUGUACUCAACCAUAAUAGAACAAACGUUAACAAGAUAUUUGUUUUUCCCAGCUGAAAAUUUAGAAACCAAAUAUAAUAGGUUAACAGUAUUCAUGCAAACUCCUGCUUUAAUAGUCUUUCAACACCUGUUGUCUUCAGAUCAUACAUCUUUCUAGCAACUCCCAUUUGUUAAGAGCAAUGGUAGACAAGUAUUACAAACAAUUCAAUGACAUCUUUUAAACCAGGAUUUUCUGGUGUGAACUGUAGUUUUAAGUUUUAAACUGUUUAUAGGCCAAAUUAUUUUCAUGGGGGGAACUAUAAGAUAAUUUGAAUUUGUACUGUCUUCUAUGGUGAGUUGAUGUUGUGAAAAGAAAAUUGUAUCUUGUAACAAAUACAGAAAUCUAUUUUAAGGACAUGCUAAAACACAUCAGUAGCUUUUUAUUUAAAUAGAAAAUCAAAACUUUAAAGUUGUACUUAAAAAAAUCAUCAUUCAUGGAAGUUAUUAGAACAAAAUUUUACAGAUUCUGAAUUCUUCUGUGAAACAUCACUAGUAUUUCUGCCAAUCAAUAUCAUAUGCAUAUUUUAAAGAUUUACCACUAACUUCCAUGUGAAGUGUUAACAUGAUUAGCAAUAAAAUUACUACCAUUACAACGGGACCUCUGAAAAUUAAGUCUAGGCAACUCCCUGUUGCCAAAGUUGUUAUGUUUUGGUUCUAAUAUACAAUAGAAGACUAACCUUAAAGCAAGCAAUCUGAUUACUUCACAUUUUCUAAAGAUAGUAAGUCUCACUUUCUACAAAGUCAUGUCAUAUUUCACAGCAGAAAAAUGACUUGGCAGAGACAAGUUUAGAAAUAAAUCUGAGACUUAACAACUGAUGUUAGAUUUAACUAAAUUAAACAAGGGAGGCAGGGUGGGAAAGAAUUAUCCUGGUCAGUAGUCCCACUUUCAAAUUCAUUAGUAUGGUAAAGAAAAAGAAAAUGAACUUUUCUGUUCUUGAAAUAGGAUUGCUCCAAGUGUGUAAAACAGGAAGGAGGGAAAAAAAAAAAACAAAAACAAACCCCAAGAUAUUACCAAAGACUGCUAAAAUUCACUUAAAAAAAAUCUCCUGCACUGAAGGAAAAUAUAAAUCACAUUACUAACCUUCAAAAGUUAGCAUGUAAAGAGUAUUCUAGCUUCUAGCCACUAUAUCUCUAAAGUAUUUUGUAGGAAAUUCAUAAACCAAAAAACAAAACAAAACAGAUAUGGGGCCUCAAACGCACUGAUUUGUGAAAUUCUUAAAAAAGUAACCUAGUUAUGUGGGUAAGAUGAAGCAAAAUUUAGGUUAUUUAGUAUCUUUAAAUGAUUAACUUUUUUGAGCUGAGCAUUUUAAAUAGAAAUAAAUACUAGUACACGCUAGAAGAGAAGGUUUAAUAAUUGAUAAAAAAUGUACAAAAAUAUUCAAAUCAGAAAUGCUUUAGAAUGUGUACCAUGAAGUCAACACUUCUCAGUGAGUAGGGAUGGUAAAAGACUAACUCAUUGGAGAAAAAAAUUAAAAAAAAAAAAAAAAAAAAAAA